AUGGCUACAGCAGCCUAUCGAAGACCUAUCGAUAGAGACUCAAUGUCGCCUCAACAGAUGCCUCCCAACAAAGCUCAGCAUCAUGAUGAUAAUAUCAGAACUGUCACUAGGGACUAUUUGCACGAUGACAAGCACAUGUUAAGAAAUCUCCCAGAGGUCUCCCAUGGCCUGUCGCAUCCUUAUCGCAGCAAUUCUACUGCAACCCAGAGAAGACAGGUCUCCAGUUCAUUUUCUGCACGAGCUCAGAAUCGCCCAGAGGGUAACAUGAUCCCACCGGAAGAUUAUCUCACAUCCACCCCUCCUUCCAUUAAAGGAAAUGGAGCACCUACGAGGCGUCCGAUCAACCCAGAAGCUGCUGCCUCGGGAUCAGCGAGGCAGAUGGAGGACGGCAAAGCGACGUCACCUGUAGACUCUGUCAACCAAAUACCGCCGCUGAGUCGAUCUAGCACGUUACGGUCUUCAACGAAUAAGCAGCAUGACUUCGCCCCAGAUAGGUCCCCUCUUCAGAAGCUCGAAGUUACAUUGAAUGGGAUUAGCAAAGAGGAAAAAAGGGCGCGCGUCUUGGAGGCCGAGAUGAAGCUCAAAGAAAGGUUGGCACGUCAACAGAUAGAAGCAGAGAAUCGAAAUGCCUCUCUCACGCAGCCUGCAGAGGGUAACUCAACUGCAGGCACAAUUGGAAGUAGGAUGCCUCAGCAAUUGGUCUCACAGCGAGAUGUUAGCCAGGGAGAGCAGGAUAAUCGAAGCCAAAAGACCAAACAGAGCAUUGGCCAGAACGCUGUUCACCGGGGGCACGAAGCGACGAUACCCCGUGAGCAGGGAGUUCCAGGACAGGCAAAGUGUAGCGCCCAAAAGCCAGGACCACCAGCCCUGUCGGUCGCUCCUGAGAUGCAAGCCUCGAAUAUUAGUUCAAAGCCCUUAGCGGGCCCAAUUUUGAAUCACGGUAGCGUUCCCAGGAGAUCUGUGUCGGUGACAAACGGACCCGGAGGUCAUGCCCUGAACACCAAGAGAGAUCCUAACCCGUCUCGAGAUGGGAGACGUUUCUCUGCGGUACCUGAGCCAUCACACAAAGAUCAUGCAAUGCCAAGUGUGGCACAGAUGGCACACCCGCAACCCUAUGCUGGUGCUCGAGUCCAACAGAGUCGACCGCCCCAGAUGGGGCUUGGAGGAAAUCACCCUUAUGCACGAGGCAUAGCUUCCCAGCAACCGGAACAGCUAAUCACAAAUACACAUCCCGCUGUACUGCACGAUCUUUCCCAGGACGAAUUAGGUCCACACACAAAGCCCAAGAGAAAUACUGUUUCGUUCAAUGUGCCUCCGCCAACGCCUCCUCCACUUUUGGAAUGGAAGAACGCACCGGUUGCUCGACUGGGUGCCUCGGACUUCGACUUCCAACUUCUCGACGUUGAUCGAAGCAAAGCCUGGUGGGAAGGUGGUGGCAGUAAUCGCAGGAAGAGCAGAGCUCUCCCGAGCGCUUAUCAGAAGCCAGCUCAGAAGUUGACAGAGAAUAAGAGCUUCCAGCCACCUAUCUUCCUGAAAUGCGGCCCUCUGCUCCGCUACACAGGACUGAAACGAGUCAGUAUUGACGGACCAAACGGCCCUUUCGACAAGGAGACUUGGAGAGGUAGUAUUAUGAUCGUCACUAAAGAUUCACGCUCUUCCUAUGAGCCACCGCCCACUCUGAGGUUAUUUUCUCAGCCGAUGGAUCUCCUACCGCCUCCACCUGUCGAAGUCAGUGGCGCUCAGCUUGCACCAGAGUACGUCGAUCCCACCGCAGGUCUCAUGAAGCUGGGUAGGGACGGCAGGCCGCUUUAUGUCAAGCCAAUCGACCAUACCGAGGAAGGAAUGGAUUUGUCAUUCCAGUGA